AGGUAGCGGCGCGGGGCAGUCGCGUCGCGCCCGUGGUCGCGGCCACAUCGUCUGUAGCGCUCCGAGCCCGACCGGCCGCAUGCCGGGGAACCAGUCGCGAUGGGCGGCCGCGGCGUGAGCGUCGCGCCAUGUUGAAGCACGCGCAGCGGCCGCCGGCGGCGAACGAUGCCGAGCACCGCUACCAGAACAUGCCGCGGCGGCCGCACCACCACCUGCCGCUCAACGUGUCCACGCUGGACUCGUCCAAGCACUCGGUGGGCACGUCGGCCAGCGUCAGCCCCGGCGCGCCGCACGCCAGUGUGCACAUGCCGCCCGCGCCCGUGGCGGCGCCGCCCAAGCUGGGCAACGGCACGGCGCACGGAGCGCCGGCGCGCGCGCAGCCCCGCGCCCGCAGCCCGCGCGCCGCCACCGAGGAGGCGCUCACGUCGCUGGCGCUGCUCUGCCUCGUGAGCCUGCUGCUGGCGCUGCUCGCGCUGCUGUUCCUGCUCAAGAUCUCGGCGCCCGCGGCCGGCGCCUCCGACGAGUUCGCCGUAGUGUACGAAGUGACAUUAGCUCUGUGCGCGUUGACGCUAUCGCUGAACCUCUGCUGUUUGCUCGUGUGUUCGAUUCAGUUCCUGUUCGCGGUGAAGCUGGUGCACUCGCCGGCGGCCCCCAACGGACGAACAAAUAAAUACUUGGAAAAGUCAGCAAUAACCCGAGUAUGUGCUGUAGGAGGCUUCUUCAUAUCAAUACCGGUGUUUUUAACAGGCAUAAUCCUGUACACCUUUAUCCAGUUCCAUUCGACGCCUGCGAUCGUAACCUCCGUGUUCAUCGGAGUUGGAAUCGUCUUCUGCGGCUGCGCAAUGGUACACAACGUCUUUGUGUGGCAAAAAGAAAAGACGAACUUAGUCAAAGCGUUCAGAAACCACGAUUUGAACGCAACGAAUGCUACAUCACCAAAUUUAAACACGUCCAAUGGAGUGUUAUUGGGCAACGGGCAUUUGAACAACACUGGGGCGAAUCUGAGCUUCCACAGUAUGACGAGUGGGCCGUACACGCAUCCUAUUACGCUGUUGCAGCAAGGAGGUCCUUAUAUUAUUAGGCCUCCCACAAGCACGCCGCCGGGCGAGGGCGCGGCCACGCCGGGCGUGCCGCCCGCCACCGUGGACCUCAGCCACGACACGCACGAACUCAGCACGCUGGUCUGAGCUGUGUGGUGACGAUGUGAGGAAAAUCGAAGGACGCAGGGGAUUGAUAAAGA